AUGCAUACCAACAAUUUAGACUUAAGCAUCAUUCAAGUUUACGCCCCAACAGAGGCCUCGAAAGAAGAAGAACUAGAGUUAUUCUACAAUACUGUCGACAAAGCCAUACAACUUUCAGGAAAUAAUAUAAUAGUCAUGGGUGACUUUAACGCCAAAAUUGGUCAACCCAAACCAAACGAAACCAUUACGGGAAGUUACGGCUAUGGUAAUAGAAGCUGUAGAGGAAACAGACUCAUCGAGUUCGCGUACGAGAACAAUCUAGCCAUUAUGAAUACUUUUUUCAAAAAGAACAACAAACAGAGAUGGACUUGGAAAUCACCCGAUGGUAAUACAAAAAACGAAAUAGACUACUUUUUAACAAACCUACCGAGAAACGUAAACAAUAUACAGGUCUUAAACAUCACUUACCCUUCGGACCACAGACCUGUUAGGGCAGCGUUCAGUAUUAUUUCAAGGUUAAAAAAUCGUAGCAAGUUUGGUAAACGCCCCCAAUCCCAGCUAAAGAGCCAUGAAGAAGUGAAAACCUACAUUGAAUCGCUGAACAGCUGCUUAGUAAAUCUGUUAGACUACUGGAAUGACCAAGACACCGUCCAGAAUUGCUAUGAUAAAAUAACAAACGCAAUAGAUAUCAGCCUAAAAAACAUGAUCCAACAUCUAAUACAAACACAGAGAAAAACCAAAUAA